CAGAACUUCUAGACCGAAGAUCGCAACAGGGAGGAGUCAAUUGCAAACUCCGCCACACUUGUAGGCAGUAGCCACUCGGACUAGGCAACCCAACUCCCCUUCAUCCUCAUCAUCCUUGGAUCGCAAGAGGGUGUGUAGGGCAGCCAUGUCUUCGUACGGUACACCGCCGUCUAUCCCGUCUGCGCUGCAGCAGUACAACUCUUACGUCGAGGACCCGAAAUGGCAGAGGAAGUUCUCAGCCAUUUGGGCGGCCGUCGCGGGCGUCGCGAUAUUGCUCUCGCUUCCCCAUCUUAUUCGAUCGCUCAGACAUGGAGGGGCCUUGCGUGGUUUAUUCGGCGUUUCCGAGAGUAUCGCUGCACAGCGCUAUGCGACUAUCGGGGACGCAGACGUGAAACCUAGAACAAGGAGACGGACAUUCUAUGGGCUAGUCGAGACUGUCUCAUCACUGUUCUGGUGGACUGUCCCCGCUGUUGGUCUGACCCUUGGCCAGCUCCUUCUCGUGGCAGGAUACCUUGUUGCGGUGAUCGUCUGCAUUACGACCGAUGCUCCUCUAGUGACGAAUCCAAACCGAGCAGGGUUCCUCGCCCUGGCACAAUUCCCGGUUGUCUAUCUGCUCGGGACCAAGAACUCCGUCCUCUCAUUACUUCUCGGUCCUGGGAACGGCUAUGAGAAAUUGAACUUCUUGCACCGAUGGGCCGGCCGCGGCAUGCUUAUUGGCGGCGUGAUCCACGGGGCGCUCUGGAUCCGCAAUCACCUGGAAUUCGGCCUGCCCAUUCUUGGCCAGCAGAAGGAGACGUCGGGCGUGGCAUCGCUCGGUGUCCUCUGCGGUAUCACGCUCUUCUCGCUGAAACCCGUGCGGCACUACUUCUACCAGUUCUUCUUCAUCUCCCACGUCCUUGGCUACGUUUCGUUCACGAUCUCUAUCUGCUACCACACAGAGUACGCAUGGACGUGGGUAUACCCUCCGCUUGCGUUCUACGGCCUCGACAUGCUCUUGAGGCUGUUCAAGUACCGUAUCAAGGACGCGACGCUGGUACCCAUGGACCAGAACAUGACCAUUAUCCACGUCCAUGACUGCACGAAGGGCUGGCAACCGGGCCAGCAUGUCCGUCUGCGGGUCUUUUUCGAUGGACGCAUCUUCGAGUCGCACCCACUCACGAUCAUGAACGCACCCUCGCCCGUCUCGUGUGUUCCCUCGCAAACCCUCUCGCUCGCCGCAAAGGCAAAGGGUGAUUGGACACGUGCGCUGAACGCUUACGCCGUAGAAGAACAAGCGCGUUUGCUAGGAAGCGAGAAAGGCGAGCAACCUGGCAUCCCUGUACAGGUUAUGUUGGAUGGGCCGUACGGCGGGUGCAGCAUCGAUUUGGGUCGAUACGAGAGCGCGUUGCUGAUUGCCGGCGGUUCGGGUGCGACGUUCACACUCUCGCUACUGGACGAUAUCAUUGCGCGCUGCGUGAAGUUCGGCCGCCCAGGCAACGAGAGGACGAGACGCAUAGAGUUUGUUUGGUGUAUCCAAUCGUACGGGUGCAUCAACUGGCACGCACAAAUGCUCACCGACCUCGCGACCGCCGUCGCUGGCACAUCACUAGACCUCCACAUCUCCAUCUUCGUAACCUGCCUCUGCAACCCCGACGCCGUCCCCACCAUCCCUAACUCCGACGUCGUCCUCUUGCGUCCCACCAUCGGCAACCUGCUCCACCAGUUCAUCACCCCACCGACGGAAGAGGAGAUUGCUGAACAGCCGAAGCUAUCUUGGGUCGGUUUGGGCGGUGGAGUGGCCGUGUGUGCUGCAGGGCCAGAGUCGCUCACGACGGAGACGCGUAAUGCCGCGGCGAAGUUAAGUCUGACCAAAGGACUGGAGCUGGGCGGUUUGGGGCUGCACACCGAGACUUACGCCUUAUGAUCAUGACACCCUGGGCGUUCGAAAUUGCUGCUCAUGUAUUAUAUGUCAUCAUGAAUUCCAAACAUUUGUACUUCGGA